AUGUCUGAAGAAUUAGCUCAAAAAACAGAAGGAUUGUCGUUGGAUUCCAAGACUGUUUUCGACUCCAAAGAAGAAUUUAAUGCAAAGCAUCCAUUGAACAGUAGAUGGACAUUAUGGUACACUAAACCACAAACAAAUAAGAGUGAAAACUGGCACGAUUUGUUAAAGCCAGUCAUAACCUUCUCGUCAGUUGAAGAAUUUUGGGGGAUUUACAACUCGAUUCCACCAGCAAAUCAAUUACCAUUGAAGUCAGACUACCAUUUGUUUAAAGAAGGAAUUAGACCAGAAUGGGAAGAUGAGGCUAACUCCAAGGGUGGUAAAUGGCAGUUUUCUUUCAACAAGAAACUGGAAGUCAAUCCAAUCAUAAAUGAUUUGUGGUUAAGAGGGUUGUUGGCAGUUAUUGGUGAAACCAUUGAGGAUGAAGAAAAUGAAGUUAAUGGUAUUGUGUUGAACAUCAGAAAACAAGCUUACAGGGUUGGUAUUUGGACCAAAGAUUGUGAUGAAUCGAAAUUGAAGAUUGUUGGCGAGAGAUUGAAGAAAGUCUUGCAAUUAACCGACGAACAAAAAGUUGAAUUCAUGUCGCAUGAUGCCUCCAAUACUAGAGGUGCUGAACCUCAAAUUGUUUUGUAA